AUGAGGCAUGUUGACGUAAAUGAAGACAACGAGAGCAUUGUGUGGCAAAAACUUUAUGGAGAAGAGUCAGACAAAUCCGCUCGGUUCAAGUUUAACAUUGGCGACCAAGUACGAAUCAGCAAAGCAAGGCGCACAUUUAAGAAAGGAUACUUACCUAAUUGGACCGAAGAAGUGUUUACGAUAACCAAACGUGUUCUUCGACGCCCACCCGUGUACAAGAUCGCUGAUUUUGAUGACGAAGAAUUGAAAGGAACAUUUUACGAACAAGAGCUUCAGAGAGUGAAUAAAUCAGACAGUGAUUUUUAUAGAGUCGAAGAAGUACUUAGAUCACGCAUGCAUAAUAAACGUAAAGAGUAUUUUGUAAAAUGGUUGGGCUACCCCGAUAAAUUUAAUUCUUGGGUACCAGCAGAGAGUGUAAAAGAUAUUAAAUAA